AUGUCCGACACGACAAAGUUGAUCGAGACGGAAUCGGUGAAAAGGUUUGCCUUUUUCGGCGUCACCAUCUCAACCGUUGCCACUCUCACCGCUAUCAUUGCCGUUCCGAUGCUUUGUUUGUACAUGCAGCACAUUCAAUCCGGACUGCAGGACGAGCUCAACUUCUGCCGCUCACGAGGAGAAAGUGUGAAGGCAGAGUUCCACAAGGUCAGCUUUACACUUUCCUUUGCCAUUCAAUGUUCCUUAUACCUUUCUCUGAGAAAGAACCUGUUUCAGCUUGCCUCAAUACGUCAAGCAGUACAACUCACUCGCGGGAAGCGUGCAGCAGACUCUUGUUGUUCUUGCGGAACUGGAGCGCCGGGAGCACCCGGAGCUCCAGGCGAAGAUGGUGCUCCAGGAAAGGACGGAGUACCAGGCAAUCCUGGAGCCCCAGGCGAAGAUGCACCGCCUGGAGACAUUCACCCUAAACCAGAAGACUUCUGUUUCGAUUGCGAACCGUCUCCGCCCGGGCCUCCUGGCCCACCAGGACUCAAAGGACCCGAUGGCAUGCCCGGAGCACCGGGUGAGCAAGGACCACCAGGAAGGCCCGGCUUGCGAGGAGCACCGGGACCACAAGGACCUCCAGGAAAUCCCGGAAGCGAUGGUCAACCAGGUUCACCUGGGCAACCCGGUCAAGUCCGAACAGUGCCAUCUCCUCCUGGAGAGCCGGGACCACCUGGAGAACCAGGACUUCAAGGACCACCUGGACCGGAUGGUCAUCCUGGAAGUCCUGGACGGGCAGGAGCACCUGGACCACAAGGAGACAGCGGCCCCGAUGGAUUACCAGGGAAGAACGGAGAAGAUGGAGCACCUGGAGAGCCUGGGAAAGAUGGUACCCCUGGAUCUUGCGAUCAUUGCCCAAUCCCUCGAACAGCACCCGGUUAUUGA